GUAACCAAACAAGAUUCGCAGAACAUGUGGGCGAGACUUCUUAAAUUAACAGGUAUUUGUGGCUUCAAGGAAUACCUGAGGGAAGGCUGAGACGAAAAUAAAACUCUGGGAUGUGGACUACUAAUGGUGACGUAAUUCUGAGCUCUCGCGUGGAGCUGAUGGAAGGCUUCUACAUUACCCUCACCUUACGGGGAAACACAGCUACAGGCCCUUGCUGCUAAAACCCCACUGGCUUUCAUCUGACUCAUCAAACCAUCAUGCAAACUGAUAUACUAUGUGAGUGGUCGAAGUAGUGAAGGCGCUCCGUUGAUUGGGAGUGCAGCGAGUGUCAACAAACAGACGGACUGCUGCUACCCGAGCGACGCCCACCUGCAACCCUCCUCCCUCAUCAUGGACACCUCUGUUGUCACCCCAAAUGUGGACUUUUCAAAGGUAGAGGCUAUCAACCAGAAGAGGACACUGGCCUUCAUCAACCAUUGGGUGUUACAUACAGUGGCCUUCCUCAACCAGUUCUCUGCCAUGUGUGAAGAGAGACUCAUUGCCUUGGAUACCAAGCUUCGUCGUGCUGAUCACACUCUGGCCAUCCUUGAAGCUAAGCUUAGUUCUGUGCCAGAUCUUGAAAGAGUGGUUGCUCCAGCUGCUGGCAGUAGUCAAGAAGCUCCAAGUGGAACCACCACCACCGUCACUGCCACUUCCGUUUCUGCUGUUGCCUCACCUGGUGGUGAGAAUUUGGCUGCUGUCCCUAAAGAGGAUGCAGCUACCCCCAACCCAACAGCAGCCAGAGAUAAAACAACAGAACCAGAUGGUGAAGACGUGGUGGACGAGGCAGCAUCUCUGCCAGCCACCAAGCCGAUAUGUGAAGACCCAAGAUAUGCACAGUAUUUCAAGAUGCUAAAGAUGGGUGUCCCAGAUCCUGCUAUACGUAUGAAGAUGUCCAGUGAAGGGGUUGAUCCAUCACUGCUUGAUGAUCCCAAUGCACCUGCUCCACCUGGGCCGUCCACUGCCAAGGCAAGCCAUGACUCUGACUCAGAUUCAGAUUCUUCAUGGAGUGAUUAGUAUUAUGUAAGCGCAGUGGAGUGUCAAGACAAUUUCAGAAGCUAAUUGAACUCCAGGGUUUCUGUGAGUCUGAAGUUAUUUUAAUAUUUGUAGUCAAAGUAUUAGCUGGGUGCUGGGGUUUGUAGAAUUGUGCUGAAACAGACUAAAGAUGGUGUGCUGUGUAGCCUGUUUCUUGUUAGUAAAACAGAUAAAUUAUUUUGGCUUACUUUAAACAAUUGAAAGCAUCAUUCUUGAUUAUUUGCUGGCAUGUAAACCCCCAACCCUCCUUUUUUAAGAGUGCUUUCCCUGCAGUUAUGACUGAGAGCAAUUUUUAAUCUUUUGCUUUGGUGUCAUCAGCCAACUUUAGCCAUGCAUAUCUUCCAACACUAUAAAAUUAAUAGUAGUUUCCUAACAGUGCAAAGUGUUUAUGCUGACAGCACUGUGUAACAUUUAAUGAACUAUAUCCAAUGUCUGCAUGACUGUCUCUUCUGAAACAAAUGCGUCACUGAAAUGGUGAAACAUUAUCUAUGUACCAGGCUGGUAUCCCUGCUGCAACAUACUUUUUCAACCAAUGGAAACAUUAUUUUGUAUUUUGAGAAAUUAUGUAAUACUUAAAUCAUAAACAUGCUGAAACUGAAGUUUACUGAAAAUUAGUAAAAUAAUUAAAUAUCAAAACUUUACAAAUCUGUUCACAUUAACAAUUCUACUUAAAGAAUUUUAUGACCACUGUAAGUGCAUAAUUUGCCUUUUUUUUUUUUUUUUUUUUUUUGGGGGGGGGGUUAUCAUUGUAAACAUUUAAGUACAUGUUGUCACCCAUACAUUUAUUCCCAAGAUCAAGAAAAGCCUCACAAAAAAAAAAAAAAAAUAAUAAUAAUAAUACCUAGUUGUCACAAAUCAGUGCCUAGUGCUCAGCUAACUCAUCUUGAGGAACUUCACCAAUCAGUUGAAAUCCCAACUUCUUAUUUUAUCUGAUUAUAUGGAAGAUUAAAGGUUAGGCCUGUCCACAUGAUUGAAGUGUCCGACAGUCUUUGCCCAUUUAUUGGGCAAGGCUCGUGCAUUGUCAUUUUCACAAGUGCUGGAGGGCGAGUCAAACUAGGCAGAUAGUCUUAUCUGAUUUCUCUUGAGCACAGGCAUGGGCAUUCCAUUGGUUUUUCCAAAUAACAGAAAUUAAGCAAGUGCUUGUCAGGCAGUGCUCAGUCAUGUUGAUGGGGCCAAAGACAGUAGAGUAUUGACUAAGGAAAUAGUAUUUACUCCUACAAAGAUGCAAGAUAAUUAGCAAAAUCUGUGAUAUUUUCAGUUAUUGUUGAUUCAUUGUUAAACUGUUGAAGCAUUUUAAUUUAGUAAUUUGAGAUAGAUUGUACCAGACUACAGUAGAUACCAACACUGCAGCUCUUGUAUUAAUGAUGAAAACUGAUGUGUGUGAAUUAUAUGAGGGGAAACUAAAUCUUACAAGUAGAGCAAUACAAUGAAGAGGUUUUGUACUGGAUCAGUAUGUUAUCUCAGGCAUAGCAUAUUAAGCUCUGCAAAUGUGCCUUAAAUGCAACACAAAUACUGUACAUUUUGUUACUCUAUUUAUCUUAAGAACAGCAUUAAAUGUGCUGGUUACAAGUAUUGAUUUACAUGUAAAUUAUGUUAAUUAAUGAUUAAUAUGGAUUACCUCUUAUUCUGGUUUCUUAUAAUCCAGUGUUUCUUUAUGAUGAUGCAUUUGAUCUAGUCACUGAAUAUUGUACAUAACUGUUUAUUGUGUGCAGUAGAAUUGUGGAAACUUUACACUGGGCUCAGUGGUGUUUCUACUUCCUUUGCACAUUGUCUUCCAUUCUUUCUAAAAUUGUCAUCUAAAAAUACUUAUGCAUAAAGGUUGAAGCAAAAGACAAGGGCAACAUUUUUUUUUUUACUUGAAAGUGACAGAUUAGAACUGGAUCAUCAUUCCCUUCCUCUUCUUGUCACCACCCAACUCAAAAUGUUUGCAUCUCUUCAGGGGAAUCUGGGUCUUGAUUCUGCACUUGUUGCAUUCCAUCUUCAAAACAAUCUUCUUUGUAGUCUUUGCCUGAAAGUCAAAGUUAGAAUUUUACUUACAUAUGGAAAGACUUUCAUAGCAAGUUUUAAAGCAUAAAGCUGCAAAAACCCAAUGUAUUUAUACACAGCAGUCUUUGUUAAACACAUAAACAUAUGAGUAACCAGAUUAACUUCUUAUUCUUUGUCUGCACUAACAACCUGUCAUCUUUUACCCUAUAUGAAAAACCAACUUCUUACCUCUUUAAAAAAUGUAACUUUAUGAAACCUGAAUCUGUUGCUCCCUCUAUCUUAUCCUGACUACUAAACCUUUGAAUCCCUACCUCCUUGCAAGACUUUACACCACCAACAAUGUACUUAUAUCCACCAGAACAGUUUCUUGGUAACUCAAACCUACCUUCUUCCUGAAGAUAGGCUUUGACUGGCCACCAUAUCCAGACUGCUUCCUGUCGUAGCGCCUGCGGCCCUGGGCAUAUGUGCGCUCCUGUAAGAUAAAGGCAAAAAUGUUAGAUUCUUCUUGAUGUGACUGCAGUGAAGAAACAAACAUCUAU